AUGGCGGUUGAGAUUGGAAAAGGAGUGGUCCCUGCUGGGAAUAAUGGAUGGCUGAUGCAUAGCGUGUUGCUCUUAUCUGGGAAGGGAAGGAAAGGAUAUACGCGCGAGGGAGAGGGAGAGAGAGGGCACUCCAUGUGGUGCCAAGUCAUCAUCAAUCGCGCGCACACGUGCUGCCCCUGUGAGGAAUAUGCUUCCGAGGCUCUUGAUUUCCUGACUAAAAAAGAGACCCAGGAUGAGGUCAUUGAUAUCCUUUACCAUACAUGUCAUAAGCUGCGCCCUUUAGAGCAGGAGUGCUUAAAUUUGGUGGACCUUUAUGCUCCCCGCUUUUUCUCAAAACUAGCUUCAUUGCAACCUGGAGAACUUUGUAAAAAGGCCAAUCUAUGUCAGCGAAUUGCAAAGAUUUCAUCUCAAGUCCAAGAAGAUAGUUGUGGAUUUUGCAGAGAUGCUGUCUCAGAAGUAUUGGUUAAGUUGAAAGAUCCUGACACCGAGCUGGAUGUAAUUGAGACAUUAUUGAAGGCGUGCAAUUCCAUAGAGAAGUAUGCACAAAAGUGCAAGAGGCUGGUUUUCGCGUACGGACCUGUGAUGCUUGUCAAAGCGGAGAAGUUCCUGGAAAGAACGGAUAUAUGCACUGCAUUACGUGCUUGCAAAGCUUCCACAAUUGAUAUGGAAGCCAAAGACAUGAAAGAAACUGCCUUGCUUUCCGACUUUUAAUUAUUGAAGUGAAAGAAGCCUCCUUGGAAAGAAAUAGAUACUACCAUCACUCUGCAAAGUUACAAGCAAUAGCAGAGUUGCGCUUUACUUCUAGUGCAGCUGUGUCUGCGUCAGAAAUUAAAAUGCUUGUAUCCACUUCAUGUGCUUCUUAUACGAUCGCUUCUGAUACUUGCUGAAGAAUCAGACCUGAUAAUAUAUGCAUUUAAUCAUUCUGAGA